AAAUAGAUACGGGACAAAAAAGGCCAAACCACACGCUAACUCGCAACAGGAGAGGAGAGCAGCGACGCCCUACUUGGCUUCAAAAUUAGGGCUUUACCAAAUACUAAACUUGGGCUGGGGCUAGCUUUUCAGAAAAGAUACUCCUGGAUAGCCAGACGGACGACUAAGAACUCUCUGCGUGAUUUGGGUAAAGCACACCAUAUCGGAAGACAGGGAUUAAAGAGAAAUGAGGAUAAAUUAGCGGUAUUCGUUAAGACCAAUCAUCGUAGAACGAGAAGACUUCUAUACUUGAAGGUGAUGCAGGUGUGAAUCUCUCUACUCAUAGUAGGAUUUUUUCAAAAUGGCAAGGACUCCCUCAUCUGAUAUAGAUGAUGACUUCAAUGAAAUUUAUAAAGAGUAUACUGGUCCACCUGUGUCAAAUGCCACUAGUGUGCAAGAUAAAACAAAAGGAAACAAACGGCCUCAAGUAAGUUCUGAUGAGGAAGAGGAGCCACGUGACCCAAAUGCUGUCCCAACUGAUUUUACUAGCCGAGAAGCUAAGGUAUGGGAGGCUAAAUCUAAGGCCACUGAGAGGAACUGGAAAAAGAGAAAAGAAGAAGAAAUGAUAUGCAAAAUAUGUGGAGAAUCAGGUCAUUUUACACAGGGGUGUCCAUCCACUCUUGGAGCAAAUAGAAAAUCUCAAGAUUUCUUUGAAAGAGUACCUGCAAGAGAAAAACAUGUAAAGGCACUAUUCACAGAGAAAGUGAUCCAGAAGAUUGAAAAGGACAUUGGUUGCAAAAUUAAAAUGGAGGAGAAGUUUAUUAUUGUCAGUGGAAAAGAUAGGUUAUGCUUGGCAAAAGGUGUGGAUGCUGUGCACAAAGUGAUUAAGGAAGAGGGUAACAAAAAUGGUUCUUCUAGUUCCCAUAGGACCAGAUCUAGGUCACCUGAAAAAAGCCCUGUUGGCUUGCGUGUGGGACGUUCUGAAUUGCAUAGGUCUCUUUCUAGUCCACGAAAUGGAUCAGGGUUCCAAAGAAAAUUUGGAAGGCAAGAAAAGGUUGUGGAGGACCGUCUACGGGAGGAUCUGAAACAGGUGUCAAGGGGUUCUCCACAAGCAAGAGCUUAUGGUAGUGAUGGAGCUAGAGGUCGACCAAGCCGUUCGAAAUCUCCCGCAAGGCCUGCUUUUGCUAGCAGUGUGUAUAAUUCAUACAAUGAUCGUAAUCAGAGUAUUGGGGCUCAGAAAGGUGAUGGAUGGGAUGCUGAGGGACAUGGGCCUGACAUGCAUUCUGGCCUUAAGUUUGACCACCCUGGUUACCCACAAACAUUGGAGGAAUUAGAAUUGGAAUAUAAAAGGGAGGCAAUGGAACUUGGAAGAAUUCGGGACAAGGAAGAAGAUGAAGAGAAUUACAAGCAUCGUGAGGCCAUCAGAGAAUUAAGGGAAAACUACAUGAAGAAACUAGUUAUCCAAAGGGGCAUGCAUGCCAAGCAGUGGGAGGAGUUUCUUGAAUUUGAUGUCCAAAGGCGUCAACGGGCUCGACAGCAUAUGUCUGCAUCAGGGUUUGGUAGUUAUAAUCACCCUGGUUAUUCUGACUAUGAUCGGCCAUCAGGCAAUCUGUCCUAUACAGGGGCCAAUAUACCUAUCGAUUCAAGGGGUAGGUAUCCAUAUCCUCUUGAAAAUUAUCCGACUAGGCCUCAUGAUACUUACGGGGAGUUCCAGCGUCAGAGACAUGAAGAUUUUGGGAAAGCAUACAACCGAUACUAGAUAAAAUUGUUAGAGUUCGGGCCCAAAUGUCGAUUGGCUAUGGUUGUGCAGGGAGCCUGAACUCUGGGUAAGUGCAUAAAUUAUCGAUUCUGAUAAAAAAUCAAUGUUUGGCUCAUGGACUUGGGAGCACUACGAUAUUUACUACGUUCUUUUUACAUUUCAGACUGGUUAUGGUUCUGCAUUAUUGCAGAUCUUUGUUGGUAAACAGAAGCUUACAUAUGUUUUGGUUUAAAGACUAAGAGCAAUGCUACAUGGUUAUGGAUUUUUACUCUUAAAAAAAAGCCAAGGAUUGCUUGCAGAUAAAUUUCUUA